UCUAUACAGCCUUCAAGGUGUGGUCACACCCCACUGAACAGUCAGCUGACUCGCUUGGUUGAAAUCGAAAUGUAGCGAGCCCAGACUAGAUAUUUCUGGUUUUAGCUGGAUUUGUAUCUCCGUGAGCCCAGUAGGUUUCACACGGCACAAUAAUUCUCACAUCUCGGGAGCAGUGGAAGCAAACGCAGACGACAACAGACAGGUGAUGGCGUUCUCUUCCGAUAUUGACCGAGGAUGGGCGUGGCUGGUAGUGGCGUCCUCUUUUAUAAUCCACACCUUGACGUACGGCGUGGCGUGGUCCACAGGUGUCUACAACACCAUCUUCAUCGACGCCUUCGGUGACAGCAAAUCUGUGACUGCGUGGGCUGGGUCGUUGACGUCCGCCUCGAUGUAUGCAGCAGGUCCUCUCGCUAGCGUUCUCACCAACAAGUUCGGGUGUCGCCCGAUUGUGAUGGUGGGAGGGGCUCUAAGCGCCGGGGGCCUCAUGCUGAGCUUCUUUGCUCCUAACAUCUACUACCUCUACUUCUCGUUCGGGAUCAUGACUGGUCUGGGGUUCGGGAUCGCGUUCAUUCCUGCCAUCACAGCAGUAGCUCACUGCUUCGAAAAAUACAGAGGCAUCGCUACUGGAAUAACAGUGUCCGGAGUUGGUGUGGGCACGUUCAUCUUUCCCCCAGUCAUAACGCUUCUACGUCACAUGUUCGGCUGGAGGAGUUCUCUCCUCUUGGUCGGCGCCAUCUGCCUGAACAUAUGUGUGUGUGGAGCUCUCGUGCGACCCGUGCGGCGUGUGGAGCUUAGACAAGAAAAACCAAAAGUGUUUGACGUCACAGCCUUCCGCAAAUGCGCGUAUCUGUUUUUAGUUUGUAACAACGUUCUCGUUUGCUUUGGACUUUCAAUAGUGUAUCUUCAUCUAAUGGCGUUUGCCGAAGUAAGUGGACGAACGGAAAACGAGAGUUCAAUGCUGAUGUCAUCCAUUGGUGUCGCCAAUCUGAUUGGACGCUUUGCACUUGGUUCGUUCGGUAACCAUCCACGCGUGAAUGUGGUCAUUGUGUAUUCAGUGUGUUUCAUAUUAAGUGGGAUGACGGCAUGCUUCUACCCGGUGCUUAGCAACAGCUACAUUGCCAUGGUGACAUUGUCUUCGUUGUUUGGCUUCUUCACUGCCUGCUUUGGAGCCCUUUUACCAGCGCUUCUUGUGCAGAUUCUUGGAAUUCACAGAUUUGCAAAUGGCUAUGGCUUUCUGAUGAUCUUCAUGGCUCUGGGACAAAUGAUUGGCGGGCCAUUUGCUGGGCUGCUCUACGACAUCACUGGUUCCUACGAUACUUCAUUCUACGUCGGAGGCUCUGUCAUCAUCCUAGGAGGGGUUCUCCCCCUUUUCAAAGCGUGUCGCAAGAAGGCGGACAAUGAAAUGUCAGAUCUGGAAGUCGCUGUGGUUGAAGAGGAGAAACAACCACUUCCGGCAGCUUAAUGACGUCAUAAUCUAUGACGUCACAUAAUUUAAUGUUGCCGUGCAACAGUUAAAUCUUUACCCAUAUGUGGGUAUGUGAUCUUUGUAAGCUUGUGAUAUUUGAAUGCGGAGAGGACACAUGGCUGAGAUUGUAUGUCUGGCGGCAAUGUAGCUGUAGUAUAAGGCAUGUCAGAAAACUACGCCGAAAGAGUGACAGCAUGAGCACAUUUUUUCUCAAACGUAAUGAAAAGGAGAUUAAGCGCAUUGAAAGCAAAAGUGAUGGUGCAAAAACAUUUUUAUAUUUUUGUUUCCUCAUGAAGGGGCAGUGGGGUAGCCCAGUAGUUAAGCGUUCUCUCGUCAA